AUGAGGAACCCUCUUUCAACCUUUAUGAGUGAUGUAUUCAUGGACAAGAUUGGGAGUGAUCUACAUUCCAAAGAUCUGAUCAAGGUUGUCCACGAAGAUAAAGUGGAGGAGAUGCUGGAUGUUCUGAAUAAGAAUCUUAUCGAAAAUAAUGAAAAUCUUCCCCGAUAUUUUGGUGAUCGCUUUAUUCCACGUCGAUAUCCAAUAAACAAUAAUUUGAGUUCAAUGUGCAGCCGGCACAAUAUAUUAAACGGAAGCAGGACUCCCGAUAUCAUACGUCUGAGGAAAAGCGAUGGUUACUGGCGUACCAAAAACUACACUGAAGUUCUCAAAACUGUGCUGCCAAUAAAGAAAGAACGAAUUUGCAAGCUGACAGACCCUGUAGUAGCUUCCCAUAUUGCGAGAUUUUAUCAUCUAGACCUCAGAACAGUAACGGUUGAAAGGAUAGACUCCAAUACUAGUGAAUUCGAUUGGCCUUGUAAACCUAGAGUGAAACCCAUGGCAUUUACGGAUUCAACGCAUGAUCUCCCUGGAUUUCGAGCAAAUUUUGGUCCAAAUAUUAUAUCUUGGUCGCCGCGUGGACCAGUCGCUGCCUCUUUCAGAAAAGAUCUUGUCCUCUGGAUACCUCAAACGUUGAGUACUUUGGUUUACAGGCUCAAUGAGAACUUUGCUAUUUCUUAUAAUCCAAGCGGUACCAUUUUGGCAGUGAGUUGCAAAAAAGCUGAUUUAGCUGUGCUUCAGCUUUGGGAUUGCACCGAACAAAACUUCAUUUACUCCAUGACUGAGAAUGUAUUGAACGAGAAAUUGGAUCAAAUUAUUUGCAUUGAUUGGGAGCCAAGUGGAGGAUAUAUUGCAUGCGGAACAAUAGGCGGGAAUGUCAUCAUUUUCAGGGCACCAGACUUGAAAAAGAUUCGUACCUUGGAGAAUUCAUGGGGAAAAAUAUCUACUGUGAAGUUUUCACCAAAAAGAAAUUAUCUGGUGGCGAAUAACGUUGUUGGAAAUACCAAGAUUUGGAGCUGGAAAUCCUGUGAUCUCUGCUGCGAAAUAAGCAAAACGAAAAUACGCAACUCUUAUAUGGACUGGCAUCCGUGGAAUGGAACUGAUUUAGUAAUGGCCGAUAGCUGUCCAGCGGCAAUUUUUGUGUUUAAUGUACCCUCGAAAACCAUCGUGGCCCGAUAUCAAAGGACAGAUGAAACGGUCUACAUUGAGUACAUAAUUUUUAAUAAAAUCUCAGCGGAGCUGCUCGUCAGCUGUACAAUAAUCGAAAUUGAUGGAAACUCAGUUAAUGAGAUCCUCGUUUUGGCGUCCUUAGAUCGAAUUGUGGACGUCCUCAAAUCACACGAUGACACUGUUUGUUUUAUGAUUUGGAACCCUAAUGGGAUGCAGCUUGCCACUGCUUGCGACGAUGACGCCCUGUAUAUAUGGAACUUCUUCGCUUUGAAGGACUCUCCCAAGCAUAGCGAGAUUAAACCGAAGAAAGCAGAGAAGAAAUUUGGGACUAGUCACAAAUUGGGGUUGUUCAGGUGUCUAAGGUAG